ACGACAGGUCGAUUUGGGAAGCUUAAUCCAUUGCUUGGAGCUAGCGAUCAACUUAAAACUUGUGUCAUACGCGCGUGGUAGAAACAGAAAACCGUUACCUUGAAGAAGGCAUGGAAUUUGUUCAUUUUUCAUGUUCUUAACCUGGACUGCAUUGUUGACUAACUUCACUUUUGGAAAAGCUUACUGAUUUGGACUCAACUUUAAUCCAGAAUACACGAGUUAUUCUGGAGUGAAUUUAGCCAUCCUGGACGCUAUGAACAACCUAACUGGGUACAGAUUCCCGCCAACGGCGAACACAUCUGUGUAUUCUCUGACGCCAAAUGCUACUCAGCUGGUACCAACAAACCAAAAGUCACCGAGUGGUAAUUUCAUAAAUGUGGUUUAUGCUAGCUUGUUUGCGUUCGUUAUCACAGCUGGUGUAAUAGGCAAUAUCCUAGUUAUUGCCACUAUUGCAGCCAGGCGGAGUAUGAGGACGCCGUGUAAUCUAUUCAUUACAAACAUCGCCCUUGCAGACUUUCUUGUGGCUUUGAUCCUUAGCCCGCUACGUAUGGCCGAGUUGUUUAUCGGUUGGCCACUGGGUGAAUUUUUUUGUCGCUUCUUGGCGCCCUUCCAGGAGGUGAUUGUAUGUGUUUCGGCUGUCACGCAUACCGUGAUAGCUCUGGAAAGACACCGCGGCAUUGUGACGCCGUUUAAGCCCAAACUGAAUGUUUCAACAGCCAAGAUUGCCAUAGCGAUCAUUUGGUGCGCAUGCUUUUUGACAAUAGGCUUACCGCUGGCCUUAGUUUUGAAGGAGGUAGAAGAUAAAGGUAAAAAAUAUUGCAAAGCCUUUUGGCCCUCGAUCCAUGGUCGCCAAGUUUAUGAAGUGUUCCUCGUCACAGCUUUCAUACUGGUACCUCUUAUAAUGCAAACUGUCACUUACAUCAAAAUUGUUGCAACCAUGAAGAAAGAGGACGCUUCUACGCAAACUAUUACACGAAGUGGAACUGUGGAACAACGAAGAAAUCAGAUCCGAAAGAAGGCACAUUUAGUUAAAAUGCUGGUCAUUUUAGUGGCUGUCUUUCAAGUCUGUUUUAUUCCGCGGGGAAUCUUCAUGCUAGUUUAUGAGUUCGCUAGUGCAUCCUACAAGGAAGCAAACAGGGAUGGUAUGAUGAUUGGCAACGUCUCAACAAUUCUCAUAUUUUAUAUCAAACACGUUUUAAACCCAUUUAUUUUAUUUGCGAUGAGUACUGAGUUUCGAAAAAACUGCUUCCCCCGAAGACUUUGCAGAAAUGAGUCGGACUUUGCUUCAAGCAUGUCGCGAUAUAUGUCUAAGAACUCUCGAACUCAAGUGUCACGCAAUAGCGAGAUAUUUGAAGAAAAAGAAAUGAGUAACUUAUGUGACAGCAGCUCGCCAGAUGUGCUCGAAGGAAAAAGAGAAAAAGUAGUGUUCGUCUAGAUUGUGAAACUAGCAGACAUAGAAUGAAAACGACUACUUCAUGUCCGGCUCUACAGGUUUGGUCACGUUUAGUUGUCACUUAUCGGGUGUUUUUUUUUUUAAAGGGGAAGAUGGAGCUUCCCAAACUAUCCCACAAAAACAGUCAAACGUCUGCGCAAGUACGGGCGUUGUGAUGACAAGGUGACGUGAAGACAACCAAGUUGUCUCACACAGUUUACAAUUAAUCACACAAGCCAAAUAGUGGGCCGGCUAACGUUAAUUGCCUCGCGCAUGACUGACGUUUGACCGCUGUGUUAAACUACUCCAACCUCAGAUAUAUAUGGCAGCUCUCCGGGCUCUCAAUUUUGGGACAUCUGAUUUAGGACAGGUGUCUAUUUUAGUGAGAAAGCUUGAAAUAAUCAGCAGCUAUACGAGAUACUUUAAUAAGCUGUUGUACGUUGUACGGUAAUGGCCGUGUAGAUACGCUUUCGAUCUAGAGCUAUUGACAUUUAUCAUAUUUUAAGACUGGGAUGUUAAAAAUUGACGAUUUUUCUUCAGAGAAAGCGUUUUUUUUUCUUCAACGUUAAAUUAAGCUAUGGCCCUAUCUGAUACAAUGUAUCCUUCAGAUAUAUUUGAAUAUUGCUAAUUAUCUCAGCUGCUCAAUAAAUGAGUUUGUUGCC